AUGCUCGCCUCGCCUCGCGCAAAUGCGACCGUCCUCGCAGCCGACAGUCCACCGCCCGCCGGCCUCACCUCCAUCGGCGACGGCGCCUUCCGCGGCUGCUCUGCCCUCGCCCGCGUCACCGUGCCAACCACUACCACCGUCGGCAACAACGCCUUCCCCUCCACCGACGCCGUUCUCCGCCUCCCGCCCGCAAAGCAUGCGCUGAUCAGGCUCGGCUCGUACGGCCCGGACGGUGCGGCGCGCCAGCGCGACCGCGAGGAGUUCGAGGGCGACUUUGCAGACCCUACGCUCCAUGCAGACUGA